GACUGACUCUUAUUCGUCUCAUCGUUCCUCAACUUCUCAUUCCGUUGCUGUUGUUCUGUUUGUGGUGAAGAUUUGUUGGAGAUAGGCCGACUGCUGGAUUUGAGGAGAACAGCUCACGGCAGCUCAAUUGAUCAAUUAUGAAGUCUGAAGCUUCUGUCCGUUAUACAGAGAUUGAGCAUUCUCUUGGCUUCUGGCAGGCAGCUAAACUGUACUACCCAGCAGCAUUAUGGGUUCUCUAUGUUAAUCUCGCGACUGUACUUAAGGGUAUGGACGGAGGUAUCACUGGUUCUCUUAUCGGUCUCGAUCCUUUCAAGAGGACAUUCGGACACCCUUAUAACGAUACUUACGUUGUUCCAGCCGCUUGGGUCAGCGCUUUUGGUUACGCUAACAACAUCGGUGGAGUUUGCGGUGCUCUGUUUUCUGGUUAUCUCUACGAAAAAUUCGGUCCUCGCAAGAUGAUCGCAGCGUGCUCUGUGGGAUCCAUCGGCAUCAUCUUUCUACAAUUCUUUAGUACGACUCCUGCACAGUUAUUCGUCGGCCAGCUACUCAAUGGAUCCAUUAUAUCAUUCUUUCCAAUCUGUGCAUCAGCAUAUACUGGAGAGGUAUGUCCACUGGCCUUACGAGGCGUCAUGGCUUCGCUGACCAACCUUGCAUUCAUAUGCGGCAAACUCAUAUCUUCAGGUAUCAUGAAGGGCACAAACUCGAUUGAGACUCCAAUGGCCUUCAGAAUACCCAUCGCUACCCAAUGGGCACUUCCAGUGUUCAUGCUUUCUCUCGUCUACUUCUGUCCCGAUCCACCAUACUGGCUAUGUCGAAAGGGAAGGCAUGAGGAUGCGGCACGAUCACUCAGACGCUUCGCCACUUCCGAAGUGGACACAUCACUUACUUUGGCCAAUAUUGUAGAAACUCUAGAGUUGGAGGAAUCGUCCAAGCCAGAAAGUCCCAACUACCUGGACUGUUUCCGCGGCACAGAUCUUCGCCGUCUAGUCAUUUGUGUGAUGGCAUAUGAUAUGCAAGCAUUUACAGGCAACAUGCUGUUUAUCAGCUACGCAGUCUACUUCUUCGAGAUGGCUGGGUUGGAUUCUUCGAAUGCGUUUUCCAUGAAUCUCGGUCUGACUGCUCUUGGCUUCGUGGGUACCUGUGCUGCCUGGCCACUUUUGUCUUAUAUCGGACGGCGUCCUGCAUAUCUGUUCGGCACAGUUGGGCUAGCCACCAUCAUGCUCCUCAUUGGUGUCAUUGACUUUGCCCCACGCUCGACUUCGGCACCGAUCUGGGCACAGUGUUCACUGAUGCUUCUGGCAAAUUUGAUCUACGACACAACUAUCGGCCCGUUCUGCUACGUGAUGCUUGCUGAAGUGCCAUCAGCGAGGCUGCGUGGUCUCACCAUUGCUCUGGCUACAGUCUCGGUUCAGGUACUAUCGAUCGUCUUCGCCGUGGCGAUACCCUACGCCAUGAACGAGGACCAAGGCAAUUGGAGAGGCAAAGUCGGAUUUAUCUUUGCUGUACUCGGAUUAUUGUGCACGAUCUACUGCUUCUUCUUCAUGCCUGAGACCCGCGGCAGGACUUUUGAGGAACUUGACAUCUUGUUUGAAAGAAAAGUUCCGAGCAGAGAAUUCAGAACGUACAAGGUCGAUGCUGAAACCGAGAGCUCGGAGACCGUGUUUGCGGAGAAGCCUUGUGUCUAAGUUAUCAUCUCAGAGGUUCCAACCCAUAUCUCUGGAAGAAAGUCAAUCACUAAAAUCACCUUGCAUCUUGACCGUCGUCAGGCAGGGGCUGCUAGGGAGCUAAAAUAUAUGACGUGAGUAGAGAUGUAUAUUAUCAAUGAUUAUGAUGGCCAAAAUACGUCUUUAGGCACACGAGUGGCGGCAGAGCACAACGUCUUCUGACGGAUUGGCAGGAUAGAACUACCGAUCCAAGCCUGCACAAGACUACCAUGUGUCAACAAGUAGAGGCAAGCGCAGAUUGCACUUCACCACGUCUGCCUGGGAGUGUGCGAGUUGUGGCAGACCGCCCGGUGACAAGGUAUGGCUGAGAUUGCAUUGUUAUUGAUAUUCACGUGCGCCUUGAUGGCCUAUCCAACCAGUGCCUGUGUAC